AUGAUCCAAGCCUACGUAAACAACGACCACACAGAAUGGGACAUACACUUACAAGACUUACAAUUCGCAAUCAAUACAUGUACACACACAUCAACUAAACACACACCAGCCUUUUUAAACCUAGGAAGAAAUCCCACACAAUGUCUAAGAAAUCAGUUAGAGAACGACGACGAAAUAGAAUUACAAGACACAGACAGAUGGACAGACCACUUGAGACGACUAAAAAUACUUAGAGACGAAGUACAGAGGCACUUAAUAGAAGCAAACGAAAAACAAGCACACUACUACAACCUACGAAGACGAGACAUUCAAUUCAAGGAAGGAGACAGAAAACACAACAUGGAAAAGCAGCAACCAAAAAUACCGGCCCUGAUGACACUGCGACUGACGAGACCGACGACAACGACAACACAGACAGAAAGAACACCACUAUUGCAAACACCAGGACAGGCCCCACACCCACACAGAUACGGACGCGACGGCACACACCAGACUGAGACCCGACGAACCGUACUACCGACACCCACCACAUACAUAAAGAACACAUACAAACCUGCACAAGCUAACACAGACACACCACACCCACCACAAAUUGUCACACACCCACCAACAGUUACCCAAACCACACGAACCACAGCCACACACACGACUACACACCCACCCACCAAGAAACAAACACCCCACACAACCACACGCCCCACAUCCACACCAACACCAUGGCACACACUACUCCCCGCAUCACCCCCUCAAUGGGCACACACCAGAUUCGCGAGACCACAAACAACAGAAGACAGGAUCUUACAGACACUCGCCAACAUGGACAGACACACAGAACCGACACAGACAAAACAAACAUACAAAAAACACACAGGACCACCCCCCGAAAUAAUAGCCAUAAUUGCAAAUUUACAAUCAGCAAGCACCCUGGACGACGAAUUACGAGCACAAAGAGAAAGAUACAUGACCAGACGGGCACACGAACGCACAAACACUGACGAAACAGAAGCCGAAAACACCAAAUACACUAACAACACCAAACCGACGGACGAACAACGACAGACGGAGGCCAAAGAAACAGAACACAACCCAAAAAGAGAGAAGAGAAGGGAGAAGCAACCACGAGCCACGAGGUACAAAGAACAACGCAAUAACUCACCAAGACCCACACCGACGAGAGCCACCUUACCAAAACCAAAAAUUCAAGUACAAAAUAAUAUGAGAAUAGAACAACCAACCGAGAUGCGAUGUUCCACCCCGAUUUAUGAGGACUACAUUGUACCACAAUCGGAUUGUUUCAUCCCUAAAAUAAAGGAGCCAACGGACAUUCGAGGAGACCCAGACUACAAAUAUUGGAAGCGGCAAUUGCAGCGGAAACAGCUGAGGUACUUCAGGAUCCGCAGCAGGGGUACCCAAACUUUGUCCGACAAUGAGCCCGACGAGGAGCUUGAGGAGGUCACAUCUUACGUCGGUACCGGUUGCGGCCCCGUCAACUCCGGCCUGUUCGGGGACCACUGCAAACGGUCAUUUGCCCUAUUAUCAUGA